AUGGAUCCUUAUAAUUAUGGUUUAAUGGCUCCAAAUAUUCAUGGCCCAUUGUAUGAAUCAUGUCGAUGUCAUGCAUUACUUUGUUGGCAAAUAUCCCCAUCAACCUUACCUGUUAAUAUAAAUUCACGUGAAGACUUAAAUAGUUUAUCAGGUCAUAUAUUUGAAAUAGAACAAUUAGCAUAUAGAUGUUUAUUAUGUAAAACAUCUUAUUCAACAAUAUUUGAAUAUGUAAAACAUAGAAAAGAUGAAAAUCAUUUAAAAAGACGUUCAAAUUCAAAAAUUGAAGAGAAUAAUUCACAUUAA